UCCACUCGACAUUGCCCCAUCCCCCUCUCUCGGCCUGUCUCCACCCUCCAGUGCAGGUGUAGCCUCUCCACAUUCCCAGGACUGCAGGGUGAUGUCAGGUCCACAGAGAUGCUCUACUAUGGGAGAGACUCUGAGCCCCACCCCAUGUGCUCUGUUACCCACUCAACAGCUCACCUUCAAUACUUUAGUUGUGAAAUUUUGAUUAGUCAACUAAUUGAGAAGAAACGUCCUUAAACAUUGUGUAGCCUACCCUUUUUAUUGUCUUGUUGAGAAAUUAAUAACAUGGUCAGGAACGUUUUUUUUAUGUUAACUAAUGUUAUUUAACUAAAACGACCCGAUGUUAUAUCCCGAGUCUUAUUCUAAACGGUCAUUCAGACCAGAGGCUGUACGUCCGUGCCGUGUUAUUGUGUCAUGGCUCGCGCUCCGUGUAAACAGUUUCUCACGCUCCUUGCAGCCGGCGGCUGUUUCUAUGCAGUUCUAAAACUGGGAGACAGAUGAAUAUCUAGGGAGCACACGGACCUGCGCCGUGGCGACAGCACCCUCUCCUCUAAACCUCGCCGCUCUCGCAUUUUUUUUCCUGUUGUGGGUGUUCCCGGGACGUGGGCGGGUGCGCUGCUCAGAGUGUGUGAUCGAGGCUCCGCCGGUCCGUGGGAACACUGUAGAGAGGGGAGGGCACGGUCACCCCACCAGUCGAGUCUACCUGAACGCACGCACAGCUCCGGAGAGGACACCGCGUGUUCACCAUGAAGAGGCCCAGUGAGGAUACCACGUCCGACAGUGACAUGGAUGAAACCAUCGAUGUCGGCAGUGAGAAUAACUACUCGGGGCGCAGUAAUGGCUCGUUCAUCAGGUGCGGGUCUCCAACCACCACGUCCCAAGUAAUGGCCAGGAAAAAAAGAAGAGGGAUUAUCGAAAAGAGGCGGAGAGAUCGAAUAAACAACAGUUUAACAGAAUUACGGCGACUGGUUCCAACCGCGUUCGAAAAACAGGGUUCAGCCAAGCUCGAGAAGGCGGAAAUACUACAGAUGACGGUGGACCACCUGAAGAUGCUGCAGGCCACUGGCGGGAAAGGCUACUUCGACGCCCACUCCCUGGCUAUGGAUUUCCUGAGUAUUGGGUUCCGGGAGUGUGUGACGGAGGUGGCACGCUACCUGAGCUCCGUGGAGGGUUUGGAAGGCAGCGACCCGCUGCGACUGCGCCUGGUCUCACACCUCUCCUCCUGCGCCUCCCAGAGAGAGGCGUCUGCAGCAAUGAGCUCCUCCCUGUCUCACCACCCCCCCCACGCCCUCCACCCACACUGGGCUGCAGCCUUCCCUCCCCUCACCGGGGCUUUCCUCCAGGCCGCCCUGCCCUCCACAGACAGCAACACUGCCCCUUCCAGGCUGCCAGAGGGACCGCACCAUCGCAGCUCCUCUUCCUCCUCCUCUGCCCUUCUCACUGCCACUUUCUCCUCCCUAACAGACUCCUCCCUCAGAGCGCCCUCUACUGGUAGUGUAGCUCCCUGCGGGCCGGCCCUCUCCACUUCCCUUCUCUCCCUGUCUGCCACAGUCCAAGCUGCUGCUGCUGCAGCCCAGACAUUCCCCUUGUCCUUCCCAGGGGGCUUCCCCAUCUUCCAUCCCAGCAUCAGUGCCUCAUCCCUGGCCAUGGUGGCCGCCAGCCCCCCCCCUUCCUCCAGCUCCCCUAGCACCUCCACCUCCCAGGGGAGCAGCUCAAGCAGGAAGCCCUACAGACCUUGGGGCACAGAGGUGGGGGCCUUCUGACUGGGCUGAGUCACACACCUGGCUGGGACCUUCAGAGCCUCUUACUGGUCUAACAAAGGACCAGCCUCUAGCUUCUGAUUGGUAUAACAAGAACCUUUGGAGCUUCUGAUUGGUGCAGCGAACUAAAAGACUGCUGGUGUAGAUACGGUCUAAGGAUAAAAUAGUUUGAUCUGAUCUAAAGGAGAGCCUGGUGGACUGGUCGGGAGGAACAGAUGGAGAGACUUUGGGGGAGAAACUGAGAGACUGAUGGAGAGACUGUAGACUGUGGGAGAGACUGAGAGAGAGACUGAAGGAGAAACUGGUGGAGAGACUUGAGGAGAGACUCUGGGACGUUGGAGCUCCCACUCUCUCCACUCUCAGCAUCUGACCAGCCCUGCUACAGUAUCUUAAUGACCGGCUGGCUGUGAGCGUAACAGUAGGUCUCUCUUCUCAGAGACUCCACACCAGGUCUCUCUCACCACUCUGAGAUUCAUAAUCCAAUUUGAUCUUUAUUGAGGCACUGAAUAACACAGAUAGUUUUUUUUGAGUUUGUUUUGUUUGUCUUUAAACCAUGUUAACCUGCACACAGCUGACUUACUAAUAAUUGAUCAUCAAUCAAUCAGCCGAUCAAACGUUCUAAGGAAGGUCCAGAUAUAAUUUACUGAUAAUCAAGCAUUCAACGUGUUUUUCUAAUCCACAAACUACUAACUUGCGUUUGUAAAUAUGUUUCUGAAGGUGCACCUCACCCUACAGACUGAAACACCCCGUGUUUUGAGAGCUACAGUCCAUGUUACUGGUGUGGUUUUUAUUUUGUUCAGAGAUGUAACUAUUUUCUAUGCAAAAAAACCCAAACUGCUACACAGAUGUCACAGAUUAAAACUGUUUUUGAAUAUCUGUCC